AUGGGAAGGUGCCUUAGAAAUCACAGUGUGGUGUACAAAACACCAAAGGUGCCAUUCGACAGAACUAGAUUCGAUGCCGAGUUGAAAUUAGCCGGACAGUUUGGGUUGAAAUGCAAGAGAGAGAUUCAACGUGUCCACUUUAUGUUGGGCCACAUGAGAACUAUUGCCAAGGUGAUGUUAAUGAAAUCCGCCACUGACCCAAAAAGAAUCUUGGAAGGUAACGCUUUACUCCGAAGACUUCACAAUCUCGGGAUCUUACCAAAGGACCAAACCAAGCUUGAGUUCGUCUUGGCUCUUAAAGAAGAGAACUUACUUGAGAGAAGACUUCAGACUAUUGUCUUCAGAAAGGGCUUUGCUAAAUCAAUCCACCACGCCAGAGUUUUGAUUCGUUCUAAGUUGAUCUCCGUCGGUAAACAAAUCGUCGAUGUCCCAUCCUUCAUGGUCAGAGUAUCAUCCGAACCACUCGUACAACUCGCUCCUAACACUCCUCUUACCAACCCAGAGAAGCUUGGAAGAAGAAAAAGAAAAGCAAGAAAGGACGCUAAAGGUCAAUAA